AUGUCAUACGUCUGUUUUUGUCGAGCUAAGUUUGUCUCGACGGCCAAACUUCCGACACGCUUGAGCGGCGUUGUCAACUUUGCUCGACCUUUCACGAGUACUCGUAGCGUAGGAAGCUGGAACGCGAAGGUGGCUACCUCUUCUAUCGUCGAGAGUAAGAAGUCCAGCUUUCAGGCGCAUUGCACAACGAUCCAAUCUCCCUCCGACAUCCCGCUCGCCAUAUCUCAUUUCUCCCAUACCUCAUCUCGAUAUAAACGCGCCACCCACUGUAUGUACGCCUCACGAACCGUAGAAAGUGAACCAAACUCGAAACCCGCAUCCAAUCCCAGCAGUAUUGCCACAACCCGUCAAGACGACGGAGGCGAGAAGGGUGCUGGAGAUAUCUUAUCCAGUGUUCUCGAGCGGGCUGGGGCGAAUGACGUUUUGGUGGUAGUUUGGAGGUGGUAUGGUGGUGUUCCGCUCGGUGGAGAAAGGUGGAGAAUUAUUGGACAGGUGGCGAGGGAGGCGUUGAGGGAAGGAGGCUUUAUCGGAUCGGAGAAGCAGGUUGGAGAGGGGCAACAGUCGACCACAAGAGGGGGAAAGGGGAAGAAGAAAAAGCGCUAAUUGUGGCAGCCUUUGGAUAGGUUUGCGCCUCGGUCGCGUCUGUUCUCGGUAUGCAGUGCAAAGGUGUUCGUUCACCUGUGGUGCACUAUGGGAGAUGUGGCGCGCGUCGGCAUUGCUGGGACGCUCGUCUGACGGGCUGUUGUUUGUUUUGACUGGUCCGAGUGCCACGCAGACUUUGUCGGCAUAAUUCGAUGCGAUCCUUGCUCGUAUGAUGGACUCCGUCUUCUCAUCCACGACACAGAGUGGCACAGAUUCGCCCGCGGAACAUCCUCCGUCACCUCGUUCUCAUGUCCAGUCCAAUAUAACCAUUUGUUCCCGAGUCCGAAUAUCGUUUUGACAGUGCCA